AUGUAUGUCAUGAAUGGAAAGAGAUGGAAAAGAGAGACGGUGAAGGGGAAAGGGUUCUUCAAACUCUUGUUCUUCAAAGUUCUACAAUCAAUUGAAUUGGUAGAGAUCGAGAGGCAUAGCAGUCCAUUGACUUGUCCGCUUCCUUCCUCAACAAAGCAAUCACACUUUCCUUGCUCAAGCUGCUUUGACUUGGCUUCAAUUUCUGAUUCCAUCCGUUCAAAUGAAUCAAUUUCUAAUCUGUUCUAUUUGCGUAGGCCCUUUCGAGGUUCUUCAAAGUCACACGCUGGUUUUGGAUCUGAAAGAUUACCACCAUUUCUAAGAUUUGUUCGCAUUUCGCAUUUGAGCUCAGAAACAGAUGUGUUGUGCUACUGUGUAGCAGUUUAUUCACAUGAGUUGGGCACAGUUGUUAGCUUCUUGUUUUUGUUAUAUAUGGAUAUCAUCUUUUUUUUGGUUUUGCUUAUACAGUAGUCCCGAGAUAGAUUAAUUUGUUGUCUUGUUCAGGAUCCCUAUUUUGUUAGAUAUGGAUGUUGAAUAGUUGUAUGGAUUAGGUUUUUAGGCUGGUCUAUAGCUAGUUGUCAGCCGUUUGUUUUGUUUUAGCCUCGCUUGUUAGGUCCAAAUGUUCUCCUCUAUAUAGUUUGUAGAGCCUUGUGCUUUUGUUUGCUUGCUUGUUUUUUUACUCGAGCUUUUGCCAAAUUUUCAUAUACAUCUCACAUUGUCUACUAAAUUUGAGUAAACAAAUAUAACUUGAUAUUGUAUUACAAUUUUUUUAGGGUGACGAAAACAGUGAAAGUGAUGUAGAUAUUUGGGUAAAUUUUAUGACAUUAAUAAUAGCCUUAAUUUUGUUUUCAAUUCAUUAGCUUAUUUUAUGUAUUGCUUUCA